UUCUCUGAUUCUAUUACUCUGUAAUUCUGUAUUUUUUGUAUGUAUAUCUUCCACCGCUGCCAUGCUCGCCUAUCUCGUUUCGCUUCUUCACUCUCUUGCCGAAGCCCUCUACACAUUCUCCCACAGUAUCAAUGGUCUCACCGGCCGGACAUUCUCUCCGUCUGCGCCUCGGCGCAGUCUCUCCGGCAAAUCCAACAAACCCACGCUCAGGCCGUCCUCCAUGGCGUCCUUCCGUCCAGCGUAUCCGUAUGCGCUGCGCUCAUUCUCCGGUACGCUCUGUUUGAGUCGAGCUCGGAAACCGUCCAGGCCCUCUUCUCCCGGAGCGUCGCUUUUGCUCUCUCACCGUUUCUCUACAACACCCUCAUUCGAGCUCAGGGGAUGCUAGGGAUUUAUGAUCACAAUGGGUUUAUGGUGUAUAAUGAGAUGCUGAGGAGUGGUGUUAUGCCGGAUGAUCAUACUUUCCCUUUUGUGCUUAAGCUUUGCUCGGACUUUUUGGAGGUCCGGAAAGGACUGGAGGCUCAUGGAACGUUGCUGAAGGUGGGAUUCGAUUCAGAUGUGUACGUGAAUAAUACUCUGUUGACGUUCUAUGGGAACUGUGGUGAUUUGUUGGCUGCAGAAAAAGUGUUCGGUGAAAUGCCGGAGAAGGAUUUGGUGUCUUGGAACUCGAUUCUUCGGGCAUUUUCAGACAAUAGUUGUUGCUUUGAUGCGAUUAGAGUGUUCAGAGAUAUGCUUUUUUGGUCUGAGGUUAAGCCAAAUGCAGUUAGCGUGGUGAGCACACUGCCAGUUUGUGCAGCACUUGAGUAUGGGAAGAUGAGUAGUGGGAUUCAUUGUUAUGUUUUGAAAGUAGGUUUAGAUAGUCAACUCAGUAUUGGGAAUGCAUUAAUUGAUGCUUAUGGUAAGUGCAGAAAGGUUGAAGCCUCGAAACAAGUCUUUGAUGAGAUGAUUGAGAGGAAUGAUGUCUCAUGGAAUGCAAGUAUUGUCAUUUUGGGUUACAAUGGGUGUUAUGAACAGGCCUUGUCUAGUUUCAGGUUGAUGAUUGAGACAGUGGAUUUUAAUGCAACUACAAUUUCAAGCGUGCUACCAAUCUUGGCUGAACUUGGUUACUUUUGCAAGGGGAGGGAAGUUCAUGGUUUAUGUGUGAGAAUGGGUUUGGAUAGAGAUGUCUUUGUUUCGAAUUCUUUGAUUGAUAUGUAUUCUAAAUCAGGGCGUUCAACUGAAGCAUCGAAUGUAUUUUAUAAUAUGAACAUGAGGAAUGCCAUAUCGUGGAAUGCAAUGAUUGCAAACUUUGCACAAAAUUCCCUGGAGUUGGAAGCUAUAGGCCUUGUCAGGAAAAUGCAAGCUCAAGGUGAAAAUCUGACCUCUGUUACUUUCACUAAUGUUCUCCCUGCAUGUGCAAGGCUGGGAUGUGUUCGCCCUGGGAAGGAGAUUCAUGCAAAGUCACUCCGGAGUGGGUUUGCCUCGGAUUUAUUUGUCUCAAAUGCUUUGAUUGAUAUGUAUGCAAAAUGUAGCUGUCUAGAUCUGGCUCAAAAUGUAUUUGAAAUUUCCCUUAGAGAUGAGGUAUCUUACAAUAUACUGAUUGUUGGUUAUUCUCUGACUGAUGAUUGGCAAGAGUCUCUUGCUCUAUUUUCAGAAAUGGGCCGGCUGGGAAUGGAACAUGACACUGUUUCAUUUGUAGGGGCUCUCUCUGCAUGUUCUAAUGUUUCUGCAAUCAAGCAAGGAAAGGAGAUCCAUGGUUAUGCAGUUAGAAGAUUGUUUCAUUCCCAUCAAUUUGUCUCGAACUCGCUUUUAGAUUUGUACACCAAGUGUGGACGGAUUGAUGUUUCUAGGAAGAUCUUUGAUCGAAUGCAAUGCAGGGAUGUGGCAUCUUGGAAUACUAUGAUAUUGGGGUAUGGAAUGCUUGGUGAACUGCAAACUGCUAUUAAUUUCUUUGAAGCCAUGAAAGAUGACGGGGUUGAAUAUGAUUCAGUUUCCUUUAUUGCUGUCUUAUCAGCUUGUAGUCAUGGAGGGCUAAUCGAAAAGGGACGGAGAUAUUUUGAUGACAUGUUUGCUCACAAUAUUAAGCCAACACAGACACACUACGCUUGCAUGGUGGAUCUUCUUGGUCGCAAUGGGCUUGUAGAUGAAGCCGUUCAUCUUGUUCAAAGUCUACCAAUUGAAGCAGAUGCCAAUAUUUGGGGUGCACUACUUGGAGCAUGUCGGCUCCAUGGAAAGGUGGAACUGGGUUGUUGGGCUGCUGAACGCUUACUUAAAUUGAAGCCGAAGCACUCUGGGUACUAUGCACUGCUUUCCAACAUGUAUGCCGAAGCUGGGAGGUGGAAGGAGGCAGAUAGGGUUAGAGAAUUGAUGAAAAUGAAAGGAGUAAAGAAGAUGCCUGGAUGCAGUUGGGUUCAGAUGCGAGACGGGGUAUAUGCUUUUAUUGUUGGGGAAAGAUUUGAACAAUUGGACUCGUACUCAUGGCUCGAGGAAUCUGAUUAAUUAAAGCAUGUUCUCUCUGAGCAUUCAGAUUUGAAUUUGCUUUUGCUCAUGGAAGUAUCAGCUCAGAAAUCCCACAGAUUUGUUUAAUAUCAAGUCACCGAGAACCACAUUCUGGUUUUGUCUUCAGAUGCCAAUUAACAGCAUGACUUAGAAGAUGCUUUCAAGGGAAGCUGAAUGCUAUAUACUCUUGAUAGGUUUAUCUUGAAGCUCUUGCUUGAAAUUCUCUUUCAGUGCAGGAACAAAGGACUGGACUAGUGGAGUAAUGAAGUUCAUGGCUGCAACAGGACUGAAGUUGUGGUUCGUUGCAUGGCUUAUCAUUAAAAAAAAUGGACAUGAGGAAUGCCAUAUAC